AUGAAUGCUGCUAUGAUCGCACCAGCAGCGGCCGUGGCUACGCUGAUACCGGCCACAACCUUGGGCCUCAGUGCAUGGCCGCUGGAGGCAACAGUUGCGUUGCCACUGCUAGAAAAUGCGUCCGUGGAGACCACACCAGAUUCUGUACUAGAUGUGAUCCCAGUAUGGCUCGUCGAGGGCAACAGAACGAUCCUGGUACUGGUGGACGACAGAGUGAGGCUCGUCGUAGCAUUGCUCGAAGAGACUGCCGCAGUCGGGGUGCUCGAGACAGUUGGAGGUGGGCUGCUGGAUUCGCUGCUUGCGCCUGAUGCCUGGCCUGUCCCGGGCGGGUCAGGAUUCAGAGCAGGAUCCGGGAAUGUUGGUGAUGGAGAGAUCGAAGCACUCGCCGCUCCAGUCUGA